AUGGUGAAGGAUCAGGAAACUGUUAUUAGAGAGUUCAAUGAGCUGGUCAACAUGUCGGCAUCCGAACUCGAAGACUGGCUCAAGGAGGGCGCGUCCGAGUCGGCGGGCUGGAGUAAAAGCGACGGUUCAGGGGAAACUAUCGGGCAUGAGAGCGGACGCAAAAUCAUCGAGAUCCUGAACAAGAACCCGGACAAGAACCCCGAUGAGUACGACCAGGACGACAUCGAUCACAUGCGUCGCGUCGUCGCGUACUGUAAGCGCCAUCUUGCGCAGGAGGGCAAGGCGAAGCAGGAUCCGGAUAGUAAGAGCGCGAGGAGCUUGAAGAAUUGGGGGCAUGAUCCGAGUAAAGCGUGA